AUGAGGCCGAUACAUGCGGAUUCUCCUGACUUCAUCCGCGCCAAAGCCAAAACACUCGAACAUUUGCAGCGUUCAGUCAGUUCGACAUUGCAGAGGCCGCCUGCUGAGUUGAUUGGAUGUGUCAUGUUGGUUCUGUCGUACGAAAUGGUUCACGGGGGCAUGGCAGUACCCAUCCACUACGAGGGCCUUACCAGACUUCUAGCCUUGCAACCCAGCACCACGGCAUUGCAUGGACACGCAGAUGCUCUAACUCCGUCGAUAAAAGCAUGUGAUCUCAUUCUCGCCGCCACUUCCUCCGGGCACACGCCUGCGCUUGUGAAGAUGGAGGCUCCUACUCUUGUCUUCCCCCGACAGGGCCCUCGAGUACAAUUCUACCGGAGCUCUCUAUUGUUGCUAGAUGAAGACUUUUCAGCCUUGAGAGGUCUGUAUCUGGAAGUCCCAGCCAGAUUUAUUGACCUUCUCGAGGAGACGUUUGAAGCGACCCGACGCCACCUGUCAGCAUUGGAAGCAGAUUAUCCAGCAAUUGACCGUCGUCACGCUGCGUUCCUGACGGUCGCCUCUACCAACACUUCAGUCUCGGCUGUGUUGGACCAUCCAUCUGCUGCAAGGCAAGGGCCGCUGCUCCCACACGUGGUGCAACAAGCUGCAGAUCUGGCAGCAACCAUGCACUUCCGUGCUACGAGGCAGGGAAUCCCGUUCGAGGACCCCAGAAACCGAGAAGACAUAGCGCACUUAAAGGGAGUUCUGAGUGGCAAAACCAUGUCUGCUUGGUGUGGGAUACCCUAUGUCUACCUUUGGGUUUUGCUUACGGGUGCAGCGGCAGCGCAGUUCCGACCUGAAAGGCAGUACUUCAUGGCGGAACUGGUCAGGUUCGGGCUCAGUGUGGCGCUGGAGUACUCGGAUGACUUUAGACGUAAGUUGGCUGCUGGCAUGACGGCGUAUUCCUUGCCCUUGUUCUGUAGGUUGGUCGAUAAUACUGAUGAUUUGUGCCAGGGAUUCUCUUGA